CUCUCCUCACAAGGGAAUUUGAAACCAAAAGAGAGAAAUGGAAGGUAGAGAAGAGGUAAAAGAACCCAAACCCAGUUUCCCUUUAAGCUUAUGGGAACUAUCUGUAGCUUCAACGGUGGUGAUUGGUUUCCUUGUAGGCCUUGCCGGCGUUUAUCUCACCAUGCCUGCAUCUGAUUAUAGCUUCCUCAAAUUCCCCAGAAGCCUCGAAGAUCUUCAAUUACUCAGGGAUCACCUUGAAACUUACACAAGUGACUACACCAUACAAGUGUUGGUGGGAUAUUGUGUAGUUUAUAUUUUCAUGCAAACUUUCAUGAUCCCUGGAACUGUUUUCAUGUCAUUGCUUGCCGGAGCCUUGUUUGGUGUCUUCAAAGGUGUAGCUCUCGUUGUGUUCACCGCCACUGCCGGUGCUUCUUCAUGUUAUUUCCUAUCGAAAGUUGUCGGUCGUCCCCUCGUGUUUUCUCUUUGGCCUGAUAAGCUAAGCUUCUUCCAAGCACAGGUAGCUCAAAGAAGAGAGUGUUUAUUGAAUUAUAUGCUUUUCCUAAGGCUUACACCGACUUUACCAAAUACGUUCAUCAACGUUGCUUCGCCUAUCGUCGACAUCCCUUACCGUAUUUUCUUCCUUGCAACUUUUAUCGGACUUAUCCCUGCUGCUUACAUUACUGUCAAGGCUGGAAUAGCUCUCGGCGAGUUACAAUCGGUAGGGGACCUUUAUGACUUCAAGUCAAUCGCUACUCUUUUCAUUAUAGGAGUUGUUUCCGUCACACCUACGCUUAUGAGCAAGACCAAAUCGUAAUGUUCGAUCGACCAUGCUUGCUUCUUGUACAUGGUACUUCAAUCUUCCAGUUAGUCAUCAGUGUUGCCCUGAUCUUUUUGUAAUGCAAUGUGCUCUGGUUAAUGGAAUUCACUGCCAGACACCAUGGUCAUUUUCAGUCCAUAUGAGGAGAGGAACAUGAGAAGAAAUUAGGGAAAGGCUGUUACUUGUUUCGAUUUCAUUAGUGUUUUAGAAGCUGUAUAUCCUUUGAAGUUUUUUAUUAUUACCAAUGAAACAUCUUUCUUUCUCA